AUGACGAGUCAGUUGUGGAGGCCUUGGUGGUACUACUUUCAUCUCUGGUUGCUUUUUUCGCUCAAAUACAACAUGUACCCUUUGUUGCUUGAAUGCAAUCUUUUCCCACAGCCUCCAGAUACAAGCCAUCCAACAAAGCUUUACACUACCACUCCAGAUAAGAAAGGAACUCCACCAUGUAGCGCUUUGAAGUUGUCAAAGUUGCUUGCUAAACUCAAUGAUCUUAAGAAAGAUCUCAAAAAGGCCAAGGAAAAGAUUUCCCUCUUGGAGAAAGAGAGAGCCCUGGCUCUUGAUGAAUUACAAGAAGCCAAUAAUUUGGUCGAGGAAGCCGCCGACCUUUUGUGCUGUAAGUGGUGUUUAUCAUCUUUGAACGUUGCGAUGGGGAAAAAGAAAUCCGAUGACCCUAAAGAGGGUAAGAAGAGAACGGAUGAAGGUAAAAAAGAGAAGAUUUCUGUUUCUGCUAUGCUGGCUAGUAUGGAUCAGAAGCCUGAUAAAGGCAAGAAACCUUCUUCUUCGGUUGCUGCUUCUAGUAAAGGCAGUAAGCUAAAAGCUCCUCCCUCAAAAGUAUCAGCUUAUACAGAUAUUGAUCUUCCCCCAUCUGAUGAUGAGGAUGAUGAUGAUCUGACUGAAGAAGAGCAAGCUAUUGAACGCAGGAGGCAUAAUAGGAGUGAUAAUAGACCUCUUGACAUACAAAUGAGCGAUAAAGAGUUAAAAAAACGUGAAAGAAAGGAAAUGCUCGCCUCCCAGGCUGUGGAGCUUGCUAAACAAGAGGCCCUUAAGGACGAUCGUGAUGCUUUUACUGUUACUAUUGGCAGCCGGGUUUCUGUUCUUGAUGGUGAAGAUGAUGCUGAUGCUAAUGUCAAAGAUAUAACAGUUGAUAGUUUCUCCGUAUCUGCUCGAGGAAAAGAGCUCCUGAAGAAUGCAUCUGUCAAGAUAGCUCAUGGAAAAAGGUAUGGAUUGGUUGGCCCCAACGGGAAGGGGAAAUCAACUCUGUUAAAGCUCCUUGCUUGGAGGAAGAUUCCCGUGCCCAAAAAUAUAGAUGUUCUCCUUGUCGAGCAAGAGGUGGUUGCUGAUGAUAGAACUGCUCUCGAAGCAGUUGUUUCAGCUAAUGAAGAGCUCGUUCAGCUGAGGCAAGAGGUGGCUUCAUUGCAGAAUACUUCAUCCAGUUCUGCUGAUGAUUUGGAUGAUGAUGCUGGGGAGAAGCUUGCUGAGUUGUAUGAAAAGCUGGAGCUGCUGGGAUCCGAUGCCGCCGAGUCUCAAGCCUCAAAAAUCCUUGCUGGGUUGGGUUUCACUAAGGAAAUGCAGGCACGGGCUACCAAGUCAUUUAGUGGUGGUUGGAGAAUGAGAAUAUCGCUUGCACGAGCUCUUUUUAUACAGCCGACUCUCUUACUGCUGGAUGAACCUACUAAUCACCUUGACUUGCGGGCUGUUCUUUGGUUAGAGGAGUACUUGUGCAGAUGGAAGAAAACACUUGUUGUUGUCUCUCACGAUCGCGAUUUCCUUAAUAGUGUCUGUGGUGAAAUUAUUCAUCUCCAUGACAUGAAACUCCAUUAUUAUCGUGGAAAUUUCGAUGAUUUUGAAAGUGGAUAUGAGCAGCGUCGUAAAGAGGCGAACAAGAAGGCCGAAGUACACGAAAAGGUAAUUCAGAAAGCCAAGACCGGAACCAGAGUUCAGCUGGAGAAAGUGAAAGAGCGAGCCAAACAUAAUGCUGCCAAGGAAGCCUCCAAGAGAAAAGGUAAAGACAAGGAUGAUGACGAUGAGCCAAAGCCUGAGGCUCCUCAAAAAUGGAGAGAUUACACUGUAGAGUUCCAUUUCCCUGAACCUACGGAGCUAACUCCUCCGUUGCUGCAACUAAUUGAAGUCAGCUUCAGCUAUCCAAACCGUGAGGAUUUCAGGCUCUCCAAUGUGGAUGUAGGUAUCGAUAUGGGUACUCGCGUCGCAAUUGUAGGUCCUAAUGGUGCGGGAAAAUCAACCCUUUUGAACCUUCUUGCUGGUGACUUGGUGCCUUCUGAGGGUGAAGUGAGGAGGAGUCAGAAGUUAAGGAUUGGCAGAUAUUCGCAACACUUUCUGGAUCUCCUCAAAAUGGACGAGACACCUGUUCAAUAUCUUCUUCGUCUUCAUCCUGACCAAGAGGGGAUGAGUAAGCAAGAAGCUGUUCGGGCAAAGCUUGGGAAAUUCGGACUCCCCAGCCAUAAUCACCUCACUCCAAUUGCAAAAUUAUCUGGGGGUCAGAAAGCCAGGGUUGUGUUUACCUCAAUUUCCAUGUCAAAGCCACACAUUUUGCUCUUAGAUGAGCCGACUAAUCAUUUGGAUAUGCAGAGUAUUGAUGCGCUGGCUGAAGCCCUUGAUGAGUUUACCGGGGGUGUGGUCUUAGUCAGCCACGAUUCCAGGCUUAUUUCCCAUGUUUGCGCUGAUGAAGAGAGGAGUCAAAUUUGGAUUGUUGAGAAUGGAACUGUGGAGACAUUCCCGGGCUCCUUUGAUGAGUACAAGGAAGAGCUUCUCACGGAGAUUAGAGCUGAGGUUGAUGAGUGA